GUCAGCCUUUAUUUUCACGAGGACAUCAACCAGCUGGGUAGCGGCACCUUCCCAAUUAAGGAACCGGACAUUCCAGGUGCAUGCCCUCAAUUCGUAGUCCUUAUUUCAUUUGCCAUGGUUGUCAUCGAAAGGGCGGUCUCUCAUCCGAGGCAGUAUCUUUUCAAUGGGGGUAUUCUUUUACGUGGCGGAUCCCAAACCCAGCGAACAACUCUAUGUAGGGGAUGUUUCGCCUUCUCGAAAUAGCUCGCAUUCAAAAGGAGUAGACGUUACAUUGCCCGACCAAGAAGAAGUUCGAAUAGCAAGUAACCGCCGGAAAAGCAAAGGACCUUCAGACAACAUCAAAACGGUUGCAUUCCGUCAAAUUAUCAUUUAAACCCUUUUAAAGUUUCUGCGGCUUUCUUAUGCUUAUAACAGACAUACAUGUUGGUAUGCAUGUAAUACUAUGUUCCGACCGAAAAUUUAAAAGAUUAGAUUACAUUUAAGCAUUUCAUAACCCAACAUUGUUCUCACUGCCGUUAGAAAGAUCAAAAAACAGCUGUUAUUGUCUUUCAUGAAGUCACAUCGCUUAAUAUUCAUCAAAAGAAAAGAUUGUCAUAUAGUAUUUUGAAAUAAAAGCCGUAUUUUUUUCAAAUAUUUUCCAUAUAAUAGAAAUAGUGGAUGCAUUUUCUCAUUUGUUAAGUCGAUUUUUAGGUGAAACUAGAUUCAUUGCUUUAAAAAAAAUUUGUUUGUUUACAUUUUUUUCCCUUUGUAGUGUCUAAAUCAGCUGUGAUAAUGAAACAGAUUUCCAAUGCUGACAAAUAGAUGGCGCAAAAUCAGAGUCGCACAGAAUGAUUUGGCGUGGAUCAGAUUCAAAUCAUUUCAAUGAAGUGAUUUGGAACUGUUAUUUUUGUAAUGUGAAAUCUUGAAAAAUUUAUAAGAUUAGUGGGAAAAACCACUCAACAGCCGAAAUCGUGUGAUUAAGUGUCGGUCUGAACAUGGUAUAAAUGCUAUAAUUUCUUGUUUACUAACCCUGCCUGCCACGGCUAACCAUUUUUCUCAGAAAUUCCAUUGCAUUUACAAAUUUUUUCUUCAUGCAUUAACACCAACGCACACGCUUGCAUUAUUUUUUUUAACAUAUACAGCAUUCUGCAAAUUCGAAUUAAUCAUGCAAGGUUUAAUAUAUUUCGAAUUUCUUUAGUUAGGUUGGAAAUCCUAUGCAUCACAGUGUUGGUACAUGUAGGGGAAAUUUCCUACACGUAGGGAUUUAAGUGGAAAGAAAUGGACGUGGAGAAAAAAGGACAGAUUUUUAUAUAUAAGUAAAAUUCAAAAUGCAAAUAAGUCUAUUUGGCAACUUUUUAUCAAGAAUAUAUUCGAAUGGCAGCAUUAAAUCGGUUUCAACUUCACGUUGUCAAAGGCAGCACUCUGAAAAAGUGUUUGUAUGGCAGCAUGCUGGCGUCGCAUAUAAUUCGUUUGCCGCUUUUAAUUUGAUUGCUGACUUUUUGUGAGAAAUGAGUUCUUCAACAGAAUCGGACGAGAGUAUUGCAAAGAGCCGCAAAUAUUGUAAACAAAAGUUUACAAAUAAGUGGCUAGGAGACGAAAGAUUCAAGGGUUGGUUACAAGCUUUGGCCGGGGAGUCGUUUAAAUGCAAAUGCGCUGCCUGCAACAAAAUUUUAAAUUGCGGCAAGUCUGAUUUAUUGAAACACGCAGAAACAAAAGCACACCAGAAAAAUGUAAAAGCCAUAAGCAAAACGAGCAAAUUGAAUACUUUUUUUAAGAGAAACGUAAAUGCAGAAGGGGAUAUAGAUAAAAAAAAUUUGAAAUAAGACUCAGCAUGUUUUUCGCUGAACACAAUGUCGCUUUGACAGUGGUAGAUCACCUAACCCCACUUUUGAAAGAAAUAGUGCCGGAUUCUGAAAUUAUAAAAAAUGUUGAUCUUGGGAGGAAAAAGUGCACGAGCAUAAUAUAAAAUGUAGUAGCAAAAGAAGAAAAGAACAACUUGGUAAAUAAGUUAAAAGUAAACCCGUUUUCCGUAAUGAUCGACGAGAGCACAGAUAUCGGCCUCAAUAAGGAUAUGUGCAUCCUGGCCAGGUUUUACGACGAAGAAAAGGGACGAGUUGUGGUAAAGUUGUUGGAUCUACUACCAAUAGGAGCUGAUUGCACUGCAGAUGCGCUGUACAAGACUUUUAAGGAAUUAAUUUUAUCCCUAGGAAUUCCAUUUAAUAACAUAAGUGGCAUGUGCAGCGACGGCGCAAAUGUUAUUGUCGGGAAAUGCAAUUCAUUCGCUUCCAGGUUGAUUAAUGACAUUCCAAACGUGGUCGUUGUAAAAUGUAUUUGCCAUUCGGCCGCAAUUAUUGCAAGUAAAGCUUGCUUAGCACUGCCAAGAGCACCCGAAGAUCUUUUGCGGCAAAUCGGUUCGUAUGUCUCUGGAAGUUCCAAGAGAUGUGCGCAAUUAGAAGCUGUGCAGGAAAUGUUAGGUGGGAGGAAGAAAAAAAUCCUAAGGAUGUGUGCAACUAGAUGGCUGUCACAUCAUAGGUGCGUCGAAAGUGUUUUAGAAAACUGGGAAGUGCUUUUAGAAUUUUUUAAGCAAGCUGUCGCGCAAGAUAAGUUGAAAUCUACAGAAAUUAUUUCGUUUGAACUCAAUAACGAGUGUAAUAGAGCUUAUUUACUUUUUCUUAAGUAUGUCCUCAACUAUUUUAAUACUCUAAAUGCACUUUUUCAGUCCAAAGUGCCACUAAUACAUGUUUUUCAACGGGAAUCAGAAAAAUUAUUUUUGAGUCUAGGUCAAAAUUUCAUUAAAAAGUCGGAACUUAAUACUACUUGUGCUGUUAGAUCACCGCAUAUUUCUCUACCAAUCGAAGAAGUUUUUUUUGGACAUGAGUGCAUCGAUCUCUUAACAACUAUUCCGAAGGCUGCUGCAAACAAAAUAAGAAUGGAUUGCCUGCAGUUUUACAUUAUUGCUUUAGAAGAAAUACAGCGAAGAUUGCCCCUUGGAACAGGUAUAUUUGCAGAAAUGGAGUUUUUAAGUCCCGAAAUUGCAAUGGGGGUAAAAGGAAACAAAAAUGAUUUCACAUUUAAAAAUAUUUGCAGCAGAAUGUAGAUGCUUACGCUCUUCUACAAGAGUGGAGAACUUUUGAGUUUAAUUUUAAGAGAUUUUAAAGAUGGGCACUGAAGAGUUUUGGAGCAAUAUCACUAAAAUGAAAAACUUUAAUGACAAUUUUCUUUUUCCUACUAUAUCAAAAUUAGCCAAGUUUGUUUUAACACUACCACAUGCCAAUGCAGAUUCCGAAAGAAUUUUUUCUAUAGUUACAGAUGUUCGUACGAAAAAAAGAAAUAAGUUAAGCCAUGCAAAUUUAACUUCGAUUUGCAUAAUCCGCUCUUUUUUGCAAGACGAAAAUCUAAAUUGUUGCAUUUUUCAGUGCAAGGAAUCGCAUCUAAAAAAAAUGACAACGUCUGAACUCUACGACCAUCAUUAAUAUUUUUUUUUUUUGCAUGCAUAUCAUGCUUAAAGUAUAUGUUUACGUGUUUUUUGUUUGUUUAGUUUUUUUUAACCAAAUAAAUUAAUGUCGCCUUAGUUAACCAUCCAUUUGAUUGGAUCAUUCUUGUUGUACCUAUGCUAGUCUAAUUUAAAAGAUGAAAUGUAUUUAAAUGAAAUGAAUUUUUUUCUUUAUUUAUUUGUAUAUAUAUAUAUAUGUGUGU